CGUAUUAAAUAGUAUGUGUGUUAAUGGAAAUAACACAAAAAUCGGAAUUUAAAUAUCGUGAUUUACAGUUUUUAUUUGAUAGUGAAUAAAAUAAAAUGAAUAUAUUAAUGAAGGUGCCAUGCCUAAUAGCGUUUAUAUUCAUUUGCUUCAAAGGAGUUGUUUGCGAAAUUUGUGGCAAUCUUUAUUAUUCACAGCCUGCUUUUAAAGGGAGAAAUGUUACAAUAUCCUUCAAGCCGUUCAAAUUCUCGGCUACUCAAACGCCUACAAUUUUCUACACUAGUGCUGUUACACGAUGGAUAGCUGUUCCAUCAAACGUUUAUAUGUAUAAUGCAACGUUGGGCGUUUUUACCACAGUGUAUCCAAAUAUUCCGAAUUCUGGACACCUAUAUGCAGUAUACGGUGACUGCAGCAGCCAAAGCAUUCGUUUAGAUUUACAAGUGGGGUGUGGUGAUAUUCAUCUUCGAACACCAAAUCCUGUUCUGGGCAAAAAUGUUGAAAUAGCAUAUAAUCCUUCACCGGCGGUGGUUGGGCUCACUGGUGAAUACACUCGUGAGUGGUAUAAUGAAUCAUCAAGAUCUUUAAUGACCUUGACGGAGGGUCUGUUGACUGAGGAAGAAAUACACAGUGAAGAAUUUGUUUUGACCAUGUAUAACUCCACUCGGUGGACGACGGGAAAUUACAGUGUGAAAUGUACGAAAAAUACCACUUACAGUCUUCAUACUGAACGUGUCUUUGUUAAGGUGACAGUUCCGCCUGGCCAGCCAUUUCUUCGGUCAAAGAUAAACGUCCAGGAUUGUCCCAAAUGCCUGGUUGUCAUUUUAGGUGCAAAUAUGUACGAACAUGUAUUUUGCAAUACAUCUGGGGGCACACUCCCAUACAUAUACCUCGACGAUGUUAAAUAUAAGGCGUACAGAGAUACCUCCUCGGAGAAUAUUUACAAAAUGUCCCGAAUUAUACGCAAAGAAUAUCAUAUGAAGACCGUAGCCUGCAGUGUUUUCAAUGCAGCGCUUGAAAAACCGUUAACAAUGUCGGCUAAACUCUACGUUGCACUAAAACCUGAGGUUCCAGUGCUUAACGUACCUAUCUUGCGAGAGGGAAGUCCAGCAAAUAUCACGUGCAUUUCAAGAGGAGGGAGACCCGCCACAAAUUUAAGUCUCUGGUUGGAUGGAGUGAAUUAUUCAGGAGACCAUAUAAAGACUUACGACAACUCGACAAGAACAUAUACAACAAUUUUAACUUUUAACAGCCCUGCCAGAAAAGAUUGGAAUAGAAAUGUUGUGUCUUGCGUAUCAUCUUCACCAUUAUUUGAGACAGCGACACAACAAAAGAUAAUAAAUUGCAAAUAUCCUCCAUCGAAGCUGACAAUGGAUGCACCAAGUAUACCAAGCUAUUUGCAGGACAGCUAUACUCUGAAGUUCAGUUGCUUAACGGACACAUUCAAUGGCAAUUGCUUGAUAUCUUGGACAAAAGAUGGCCAACUUCUAAACGCAAACGGAGAGGUGACAAACAAAAUACACGACUCAGCUGUAAUUGAGUUUGCGGGUAUCAGUAAAGAAAACAAUGGUCAAACUAUUACCUGCAGCGUCAAUUGCUCCAACUUUGAUGUUCAACUAUCCAAAUCAUAUAUUGUACAAGUACCAUAUAAACUGAGUGUUCACUUAUCGGUUAAAGACGAAAUACUGCUUAAUGCUCAUGCCACAACCAAUGUAAUUUGCACGACAAACAGCUUACUUUCGGAUAUUGUUUGGUCGGUUUACGGAGACACACAACUCAUCGUUUGCAAUAAGUCACAUAAAUCGUUUGUGGGGAAACCCAAGACAAACCAGGUUGAGAGAAGUCUAGCGGUAUUGGCGUCCGCCUCUCAUGCAGAUGUUGUGGGUCCGAUCGCCACCAGGGUGUCCGCCUCUCCCCCAGGGGGUUUUGGGUUCAAUCCCCACGAGAAAGUGAGUAGUAUUGUGGUAAAGAUGUCCACCUAUUACACAAGGGCGUUUGGGCUCAAUCCCCACCAGAUUCUUUGCGAAACUUGUGGCAAUCUCAAUUAUUCACAGCCAGCUUUCAAAGGGAGAAAUGUUACAAUAAUCUACAAGCCAUUCAAAUUCUCGGAUACACACACGCCUACAAUUUUCUACAGCAAUGUUGUUACACCAUGGAUAGCUGUUCCAUCAACCGUUAUGUAUAAUUCAACGUUGGGCGUUUUUACCACAGUGUUUGACACAAAUCUUCAGAAUUCUGGAUACCUAUAUGCAAAAUACGGUCAAUGCAGCAGUCAAAUGAUUCGUUUAGAUUUACAAGACCUUUCUGAGGGAUGUGGAUAUAUUUAUCUCCGAACACCAAAUCCUGCUCUGGGCAAAAGGGUUGAAAUAGGAUAUUAUCCUUCACCGGCGGUGAUUGGGCUCACUGGUGAAUACAGUCGUGAGUGGUACAAUGAAUCAUCAAGCUCUUCAAUGACUUUGACGGAGGGUCUGUUGACUGAGGAAGAAUUACCCAAUAAAGAAUUUGUUCUGACCAUUUAUAGCGCCACUCGGUGGACGACUGGAAGUUACAGUGUGAAAUGUACGGAAAGUACCACCAACAGGCUUUCUACCGAACGUGUCUAUGUUAAGGUGACAGUUCCGCCUGGCCAGCCAUUUCUUCAGUCACCAAAUAUCGUCCAAGAAUGUCCCGAAUGCCUGGUUGGCAUCUUAUAUGAAAAUUUCUACCACCAUGUGUUUUGCAAUACAUCUGGGGGCACGACACCCUCCAUAAAUGUCGGAGAUGAGGGAGGUAAAGUGUAUAGCGACACACAGUUCGAGAAUAUUUACAAACUUUCUCGAACUAUAGGCGAAAAAGAUCAUAUGAAGACCGUAACCUGCAGUGUGUCGAACGCAGCGCUUGAAAAACCGUUAACAACGUCGGCUAAUCUCUUUGUUGCACUAAAACCUGAGGUUCUAGUGCUUAAUGUACCUAUCUUGCGAGAGGGAAGUCCAGCAAAUAUCACGUGCAUUUCAAGAGGAGGGAGACCAGCCACAAACUUAAGUAUCUGGUUGGAUGGAGCGAAUUAUUCAGAAGACAUUGUAAAAACUUACGACAACUCUACAAGAACAUAUACAACAAUUUUAACUUUUAACACUCCUGCCAGAAAAGAGUGGAAGUCUGUGUCGUGCGAGUCAUCUUCAUCAUUAUUUGGGAAAACAGCGACACAACAAAAGACAAUAAAUUGCGAAUAUCCCCCAACGAUGCUGACAAUGGAUGCACCAACUAUAACAAGCUAUUCGCAGGACAGCUAUACCCUCAAGUUCAGUUGCUUCACGGACACAUACAAUGACCAUUGCUUGCUAUCCUGGACAAAAGAUGGCCAACUGCAUUAUGCAAACACAUACGAGACAGAAAAAAUACAGGAUUCGGCCUUAAUGGAGUUUGCCAUAGUCAGUAAAGAAAACAAUGGUCAAACUAUUACCUGCAGCGUCAAUUGCUCCAACUUUGAUGUUCAACUAUCCAAGUCGCAUAUUUUACAAGUACCAUAUAAACCGAGUGCUCACUUGUCGGUUAAAGACGAAGUAUUGCUAAAUGCUGAUGACUCUACCAGCGUAACUUGCACGGCAACGAGCUUUCCACUUUCGGAUAUUGUUUGGACGGUAAACGGAGACACACAACUCCUCGUUUGCAAUAAGUCCGAGAAAUGUGUGAUGAAAACUAUCCCGAUAGAAACAAAGGAACACCGAAACUACACGUGCACAGCUUAUUUUGAAUUCGGAAAUUAUAACACAAGUGCGAUCAGUUCAUUUCUUGCAAUUGGAAGAGCUUCGAAACAAAAACCAUAUGAAAUUCCAAAUGAAAGUGAAAAUGCGUCAUUGACCAACAGUAACGGAAUACCAAUAGUGUGGAUAGUCAUUGGUUUGGGCGUUAUUUUUGCGGCUGUCAUUCUUUCAACGGUCAUCGUAUUGGUCAGAAAACGGCUUUUAAAGAAGAAUCAACACAUAAAUUCAAGUGAAACUCAACCUGUCCAACAUGGUGCCGACAUGCAGGAAAAUGAAACAGUAGAAAUGAACGAAGAUGUUACGUACGCCCAAGUUAACAAAAUCAGAACAAAAAGGACAGAAGCAGUGGGGCUUCAAACGAAGGGUUCAGAUACCAACCUGGUUUAUGCAGAUAUAGACAUCGAACAUUUGGAGACAGCCAGCAAACCACCUUCGAGACAGAGGCCGCCAAGUCCGACAGAAUAUGCUGACGUUGAUUUUAUAAGAACAGAACGUGGAUCAAACAGUGACAAUAUUAUUACCUAAUGUCAGGGAAAAUAAUAAUUUUACAUAUGUGCCAAUAAGCUGAUGUAUUCAAAUAUAACAUAUUUCUGAAUAUCAAAAUUAUUAAUUGAUUUAAGUCAUAAAUCAAUCUGAGAAAUGGAAUUUACCAUUUGAUUAACAUUCGGUAAAAAAGACAUGUGUAGGGAAUUUCAGCGAAAUCAGUCCCACUGAUAGCAAUCUUUUAAGAGUUUUGAGAUUUCCAAACAAAUAAUAUGUAUAUACAUGAUUAUACUAAUUUACUUUAACUCGAUUGUGAAGACGUUGCUUGUUUAACUUGUUAAAAGUAUUCAGUUUUGAUUUAUCUUAAUCAAACUUAUAAGUUGUUAAAGAGGUAAAUUUCAGUUUAAAAAGACAACCUGUACUGAAGAGAAUGCAGUGGGUUUUUCUCUUACCUUUGGUAAAAAGUGUUGAAUGAUUUUUAGCUCUACAACCCAAGGGCCAGAAGAGCUUAUGCCAUGUCGUGGUGUCCGUUCGUCCGUCUGUGUGUCCGUAAACGAUUGCUCGUGAACGCGAAAGUUUUGAGUGUAUCUCAAUCAAACUCAUACAGUAUAAAUGAGAGCUCAAUUUCUCUUUUAAACUAGCCAUAUCCGCAUAUGCAUGAGUAAAGUAUGGCCCUUGAAAUGCUAUAGCCCUAGCAGAAGUAUACUCUAAGGGAGGCAAACUGUACAGAGAGUUGUGUAGUAUUGUAGUGAUUCUCUCUUUUUGCCGUCUGUGAACCAUGAGGAUCAUUGAUUGCUUUCCUCUGAAUGUGGGCUCAGUAUAGUGCCUGUAAUUUGUAUAUACAUUAUUUGGGUAAAAACAAAAACACCAAAAAAGUCCAGACGGUGGAGCAUAGGACAUCAUGGGCAUUUUGUUAUACUUUUACUUAAAAUAUAUGGGCGCCUUGUAAGAUGUUUUGUCUUUACCAUCUUUGUAAUGAUGUAUUUGUACAGUCUUGUUUUUGUAAAUACUUGUAUUUGUGUAUUCUUGUGUUCAAUUCACUGUUUGAACUAUAAAAUAUUCAUUAUAGGGUAUUUUAAUAAAGUUUAUCG